CAUUCGUGCAUGGUCAAAUUUCAGCACUCAGAAUUUUGUUUGAUAGCGAUUUUGCGAAGUGUUUAGACCGAAAUAAAAUUUGUUUGCCGAUGAUAAUUUAUGAAAGUAUACGCCGAAAUCUGCAUUUUGUUGGUUCAUUCGAGUGAUUUUUGACAUCUGUAUUGUAUUUUGUACAUCUUCCGUGUCAUCGUAUUACGAGGCUAUCAUGUCUCACACUAUCUUACUUAUCCAGCCUGGAAUUAAACCCGAAACUAGAACUUAUUCAGAUUAUGAAAGCGUCAACGACUGUAUGGAAGGGGUGUGUAAAAUAUACGAAGAACAUUUAAAGCGAUUAAAACCCAACACUCCUUCAAUAACGUACGAUAUUAGCCAGCUGUUCGAAUUCAUCGAUCAAUUGGCAGAUUUAUCAUGUCUUGUGUAUCAGAAAAGUACCACCACCUAUGCCCCUUAUAAUAAGGAUUGGAUCAAAGAAAAAAUAUACAUACUGCUUCGAAAGCAAGCUCGAGAGUAAAUCGGCUUUUUAUACAUAUAUUUUAUUGUUUCGCUUCUUAUAGAAUGUAUAUUUUUAUUUUUUAGUAAAGAAGUUUAAUCUAAGUUUGAUCAUAUUAUUUAAGCUGCAACCUUUUUUUCUCUCAUUGAUAAUGACUGUAGAUGUAUUGUUCAUGUUGUAUGAAUAAACAAUUUUUAUCAUAAAAUAAAA